AUGCCUUCCAUCGAAGCACACAUUUCCACUUCGUCUCCCGUUUUUGACUUGGAGUCUGAACACGACUACACCAUUUCUAUUGAUCUUUUUCUCCGAUACAGUUGCGCAAUAACUUUUCCAACACAAAAUCUCCGUCUCUUCGACUCACCUAUGAAUAAAGGUGGUCUGACAUUCACCGAUACGGAGACUGGGGCUGAGGCUCGUCGAAACACAAUCUUUAUCUGCGGGCCCGGUCACGAAGGGUCUUUGCGAGAAGACAACAAAGGGUGUUUCCUGACGCUACAUCCUGGACAGAAACACACUGUUGAAGCAUAUAUAUCACGCAUGGAAACUGGUGUUGGAGUCAUCCAAAUCCCGCCGGGAAGCACAGCCAAAGAAUACAGGGAGGCAAGGGAAGCGCAGCCCAAGGUUUGGAAAUGGUGGAAGGCGGAGAAUCUUGAAAACGAUAAGACUUACAAUGUCGGGGUUGACAAGGAAUCCACCAUAAAGCAAUGGUUUGAAGGGAGUAUGGAGGAGCUGCUUCGUAAGCCGUUGGCUGAGCGGACAGAUGAAAGGAUGAAGAAAGAGCCGGUCGUGAUCAAUGUAACUCAGGCAGCUGAGUUUACUAUGAAGAGGCCUGAUUCUGACGGGAGUUUAGACUGGCCUUAG